AUGUCUAAAUAAAGAAAAAUAAGUCAAAUGUCAAACCUCAAUUCGAAAACACGAGAAAAGCGCUACGUAAACAGAAACGUCUGCAGAAAAAGGUGCACCGGCAAGAACAUUACUUAAAAAAGAAUGUUGAGAAGCAGCAGCCAGUGUAUACAGCCGGCAGGUUUGUCAAAAGACCUGCAGAAUCUCCUGAACCAAAAGUGGAAGUUAAGAAAAAGAAACCAAAACUCGAAACUCCCCUAGACAUCCUGAACAAGGAACGGCAAAAAGAGAAGAAUGUAGAAAAGAAGUUGAAAAAUGAGAUGGAGGAACAGAGAAAGAGGAUGUUGCAGCAGGCCAAUGAAGAAGAAGACAAGAUAAUUAAGAAACUGGAGAAGCAGCUGGGUCUCAACAAGACAAAGAACAAGAACAACUACUUUGCUGAUGAUGGACUUGAUUAUUUACUAGAAAUAUGUGACAAAUCAACAACAGAACAAAUUGUGGCAGCAGAGAAGCAUCUAGCAGAAGUAGAAGGAGAUUCUGACUUCGAAGAAGACUUAGCAGCAGUAACUGGGAAAGAAAUAAAAGAUAAUAAAAAGAAAAAUAAGAAGAAAGAAAAAGAGGCUAGCAAUGAUAGUGAAGAUGAUUUUGGGUCUGAUGAUGAAAUGGGAAGUGGGGAAGAGUUUGACGAAGAUCUUAGUGGAGGAAGAUGACGGAGAAAUGAAUGAAGAUGGUGAUAUGAGUGGUGAAGAUGAUGAUAUGAGUGAGGGAAAUGAAGAUAUGAGUGAGGAAGAUGGAGAUAUGAGUGAGGGAGAAGAUUUGAGUGAGAGAGAUGAUGACAUGAGUGAAGGGGACAGCGAAGUAGAUGAAGAAGAAGAUGGUUAUAGCACAGACGAUGCUCCUGAAGAAAAACCAACAAAAACGUCGAAAGCAAAGAAACAAAAACAAGCCAAUCAGAAGGACGAAAAAAAAACAACAGCAGACACAAAGACAGGCAAACAAGCAAACAAAAAAGAGAAGAUUAUCAAAGAAGAUGACCUUAGUAAAGUUUUCAGUGAUGAUGAAGUAUCCCAUCUCUCUGGUGAUGAUGAUGAUGAUGAUGAGGAAUUGGGUGAUGAUCCUCCUGUUGUGGAAAAGAAAGAAAAACCAGAUGUUUGGGAGGAUAUUUACGGAAGAAAGAGGGAUAAAGAAGGCAAUAUUAUAAAGGAAGAAAAAGGCGUCUACAUACCACCACACUUAAGAAAUAAAGACUCAAGUUCGGAUAAACAACUACAACAAUUGAAGAGGCAAAUUAAAAGCAUCCUAAACAAACUAGCGGGCACAAACCUACACUGGGCGUGCACAUCAAUAGAGAACCUGUUCCAGUGCAACAGUCGGCACUCGGUGAACAGCGCACUGACGCAGUUGUGGCUGGACGCCACCGUGGCGCCGGCCGCCACGCCCGACAGGAUGCUCGCCGAGCACGCCGCGCUCGUGUCCGUCUUACAUGCUAAUGUCGGCUCUGAGAUCGGUGCCCACUUCUUACAAGAGCUAUCGAAGCGGUUCGAUGACAUGAUGCAGAGUCCACAGCCUGUCGGUGACAAGACACUCGAUAACUUAGUGGCGUGCCUUGCUCAUUUGUAUAGCUUCAAGAUCUACCACGCGACUCUCCUGUAUGACAUUCUGACCCGUCUCCUGGAUUCUAUAUCUGAGAAGAAUAUAGAAUGCGUGCUGGUCGCCCUGCGCUGUGUGGGAGGAGUGCUGAGGAAGGAGGAACCGCUCGCUCUGAAGAACUUCAUACAUGACACGCAGGGACGUGUCGCCAAGCUAAAUGAAGCUUCUGCUGCUGGCUCUCGUAUAAAGUUCCUGUUAGAAGUUCUAAUGGCUGUAAAAAACAACAAUCUAACGAAGAUACCGAACUACGAGCCGACGUAUGCCGAACAUCUUAAAAAGAUAACCAGAACCAUCAUCAGGAAGGGCAAUUACAUAACUCCACUGAACAUUAGGCUUGAAGACUUGUUGAAAGCGGACGAGCGCGGCAAGUGGUGGGUGGUUGGGUCAGCGUGGGAGGGCAACAUGCCCAGACUGGACGCGAAGCCCAGCAACAAGGCACUGCCCACACUGCCCACUGCUGACCAGAAACUGCUGGAACUGGCUCGACAACAGAGGAUGAAUACUGAUGUCAGAAGAAGCAUCUUCUGCGUUAUUAUGUCUGCUGAGGACUAUAUGGACGCGUUUGAGAAACUCCAGCAUUUAGGUCUAAAAGGCCAACAAGAGAGGGAGAUUGUCCAUGUACUACUAGCGUGCUGCCUACAGGAGAAGACGUAUAAUCCAUACUAUGCAGUGUUGGGACAGAAACUAUGCGACACUGAUCGAAAAUAUCAGCUCUCGAUCCAGUUCUCAGUAUGGGAUAAGAUCAAGGAGCUAGACAGCAUAUCGAAGCAGUCCAUGACGAACCUGGCACAGUUCCUAAUACACCUCAUCAUGGAGAAAGGAUUAGCUCUUUCUGUAUUGAAGGUAAUACAAUUCUCAGAACUAAACAAACACACAGUCCGCUUUAUGCGACAGAUUCUUCUCGCCAUAAUCAUGAAUGCGGACUUACAAUCUUCUUUAGAAGUUUUUCAUCGGAUUUCAAAAUCACCCAAACUCCACUUGUUUAGAGAAAGUAUCAGACUGUUUAUUCAACAUUUCCUCAUAAAGAACGCUGGAAAGAAGAGUGAGGUGCUGUCUGCAGAAGAAUUAGUCACAUUAAAAGAACGUGCUCAAGAAGUUAAUAAUAUUCUUUCUUUUGGUUUGUCUAAACUAAAGUUUUAA